AUGUGGUCUGAUUCGAAAGGAGUCGCAGUCUCAGUUAUCUUUUGUUUUGUUCUCGCUUAUGAUGGCAAUUACUUUGGAUGUCCGGCCUUCACUUGUUGCUGGAUUGAGGUUUCGGAUGUCUUCAGAAGCUUGCUUCCAUGGUUCAUUGCGCUGCUGUUGGGUGUGCUGACUGCCAUCACAGGCAGCGCAAUUGCUUUGUUCUCCGACUUCCUCGGGGAUACCCGCUUUGGCUUUUGCUACGGCAUCUUCUUGGCCGAUCGCAACAGAUGCUGCGGAGGUUCCGAAAACGUCGACUUCCUGGAGGAGAUGCCGCUUGGCGAGGGGAUUGGAGACGAUGGUGUCAGAUGGAUACCAUGGGCGCAUUUGCUGGGAGUCGGUGGAAGCGGCAGCGAAUUUCUGUCAUGGUUUAUGUACACCUUCGCUUCCCUGAUGUUCACCGGCUUGGCGGCCUAUUUGGUCUAUGAAUAUGCACCCACAGCAAGAGGAAGCGGCAUUCCGGAGGUGAAGGCCGCAGUGUCGGGUUAUGAUUUGCCGUUGAGCUUCACGGGUUCCUGUCUAUUGAUCAAGUCCUUGGGGCUUAGCCUGGCUGUGGGCGCGGGCCUUUCCUUGGGCAAGGAGGGACCUUUAAUCCAUAUCGGCGUUUGCAUUGCAUCAACGUUGCAACGGAUUUGUGGCGCAUUUGGCUGGCGGCGGGCAGGGAUGCCCUUUCAUGAGUUGGCUUGUGUCGGUGCUGCAGCUGGUGUUGCUACGGCCUUUGGUGCGCCCUUGGGAGGUGUGCUGUUUGCUGUUGAGGAAUUGGGUAGCGUCCGAAGUCUGUCCCAAAGGACCUUGUUGCUGAGCUUUCUGGCAGCCUUCUCAGCAAGCUUUACCUUGAAGUCUUUGAACCUGACCGGGGCCAACAAGCUCACGCUUUUUGCCUUGUCCCUGCCCACCAACACAGCCCGGAAGGAAUGGAUCUCUUGGGAGAUGUUUGCAUUUUUCCUUACUGGAGUGCUUGGAGGCUUUGGUGGAGCCUUGUUCGUCACUGUGAACAUUUGGUGUACAUCGCGCCGACGAGAAGCACUCAAGAAAGGGCACUUGUGGUUCUUGCCAGAAAGCCUUGUGUCUGGUAGACAACGCGGAACAUUAAAUGUCCUCGAAUGUAUUCUACUUGCUUUGGUCACAUCAUUGUUGAGUUUUCCAUUGCUUCGUUUGCUGCGAGCUAUGAACACUGAAGGGGUUCAUGCCCUAUUCGAGACUUGUCCCAACGCGCGGCCGCAUCAUUUUGGACUUUGCGAUGAAGAAGGCAACAUGUCAAACACCAGCUUCUCAGCCAAUGUAGCGCUGCUGACCGCUUCCCUGAUUCGGCUCAUUCAGACGACAUAUACCUUUGGCGCAGCUAUUCCCAGUGGUCUCUUUAUCCCAUCUCUGUAUGUGGGAGCCACCCUGGGUCGUGCCAUUGGGAACAUCAUCAACACGGUGGCCAGCUCUGUCUCCGAAUUCCCACUGCACAUCGAACCAGCUGUUUUUGCAAUGGUAGGCGCUAUUAGCAUGCUAUCAGGAUUUUGCCGCAUGACUGUCUCGCUUGUGGUGAUUAUGUUUGAACUUACAGGCGAGUUGAACUACAUUGUGCCUUUUAUGUGCGCUGUGCUAACGGCCAAGCUGGUUGGAGACUUGAUGACUCCAUCCAUUUAUGAUGCCCACGCGAAACUCAACGGCUACAUGCCGGUCGAAGAGCAAGGCGAUGUGCGUCUCUCAGCGUGCAACGGAGGUGACAGAGGGGAUACAGAGGCGUACAGAGGUGCAGGUUUGAGGAGCGAGGUAAGCCAUCGUAAGCCUGUGCUAGUGCUUGCUUGUGGUAGCAUUGCAUGAUAUUGCAUGGCCAUACAUGGGUCUUUGAUGCCAUGCAGUUAUAGCUUAUGAAGAGGAUCACAGCACUGAAUCGCGACAUAGGGCUACAAGUUUAUAUAUUUAUGAGGCUUACGCCUGACAGCCGGGCGCCGGC